CACGAAAUCUUUUCUUUUUUUUUUCUUCUUCUUCUUCUUCUUUUUCCAUUCGCUCAUGCAGAAUGAUUUUAAUUCUAAUCGAAAAUUUCGAUACGCGCGAUGAAUAUGUCGAGAAUGAAAUUAAUUUGUACGAAUACCAUAGCAAUAGAAUUUUAUGAAAUAUAUGGAUAUCAUUAAAAAAGAAAAAGAGAAAAGGAAAAAGAAAAAGGAUAGUCGAACGUGCAUACUACAUUCAAUGUUAUUUUGUUGUUCGAACGUUAUAAAUUUGCAGAACGAAGAAAGAGUACCUCUUCGAACGUUUCAAAUUUGCCGCCAAUCCGACUCGGUCGAGCGCUCGUGAGUUUUAAUUCGAGUCCGAGUCGAAGUGGCGUGUUAGUACCGUUUGUCGACGCACGGUGGCGCUGACGUAGCAGCGCCACUCGGCGACGGUAGAGGCAUAGUACUCGCGAGUGGCGGCAGUUGGCAGUCACCAGUGGAACCGCACGGUGGUGUUCUUGUGUAAGCGGCUACGCGUAAGAGUUUGGGGGAAAAAUGGCGUAGUUAAGGGUACAAAGUAAAUGCCGCGAUCGUAUCUUCGUACGUUAACCUGCGCCUGAUAUUCGUACGAUCGGUUAAGGUUACGUGUAUUCUUAUUAGAAUCGAUAUUCAAUCGGUAGUUGAGUGUAAACGAAAAUAAUAUCGUUAUAUUUCUAAGGUCUAAAAAUCUUAGAUAGACGAGAGAGAGAGAGAGAGAGAGAGAGCAGCGUAUGUAACAUAGCGCGUAAGUAAGUAGAGGUGUCGUCUUCGUGCCGAUGGUGAUAUUGUGACUCUUCCAGCGUUCUUUUGACAACGAGUUUCUUUUCUCAACGGGAAAGUUGUAACAAUAUCACGUAUAUCGUGAUCGUCAGGAUAUCGAAAUAUUUCCAAGGAUACACAGUUAACGUCAGUAUGGGGAGGUGGACAUUUUCAUCGAAGAAAAUAGGAUUAUCGAGCUCGUGACAGCUCGACGAAGUGCUGUUGCCGCUACCACUGCCGUUGCUGCUGCUGCUGCUGCUGCUGCUGCUGCGAGCUGAUUCGCGAGCGUUCGAAGAUGGUGCCAGUGUCGUUUUGACACUUGCCCAAAGGAUCCGUCAGCUGGAUUUUAAGAGAAGAGGAACGAACUAAACUAAACUAAAACUAAACACAGUACAUACAUCUAUAUUAUAUAUAUAUAUGUGUGUAUAUAUAUAUAUAUAUAUACAACAGCUCGCUGUAUUCAUCGAGUAUUAGCAGUUUUAUUAUGAGCAGAGAAUUUUACGUUCCUUGUACACCAUACGCUUAUCAGAAAUGAGCGUAGACGAUGAUGAUUCAGAAAUUGGCGAAAAGGACGAAAAGAAAGAGAGAAGAAGGGACCAAGAGAAUAAUACAGAAAUAAUCGAAAAACAAAAUGUUUCUUCCUCUAUCGAUAACGUCAUUUCUGAUCAUUCUCAUCGUAACGAGGACGCGGCACGAUCCGUAACGACUAUCAUUAGUGAGAAGCAGUGCGGCGGUAGCAGCAGCAGCGGUGCAGGAUCGACGGAGGUUGGUGUGGUGGUGGUCUGCGGUAGCAGCAGUAGCAACGAUAACAACAACAGUAACAGAAACAACAACAAUAGCAACAGCAACAGCAACAGCAACAGCAACAGCAAUAAUAUCAGCGGUGGUGACGGCGGUGGUGGUGGUGAGCGUGGGGUCGGAGGUGGUGGAGUGGUUGGUGUAAGCAGCGUUGGAAACGGAGGGAACGUCGUGGUUAGCGGUGGUGUUAGUGGCAUGGAUUGUAUGCCCCACCGUCCAGGACCUUUCCAUUACCUGAUAAACGAGCAAGCCAAAUCGUUGGUAGCCCUGCAGGAGUUGCAGAAUGAGGUCGGCGCCCUUCUCGAGUUCCGGGACCUCGUCAUCGAGACGUUCCCAAACCUCCGGCACAAGAUGGCUGCGACGGCGUCGGCGGGUGCGUCCGUGAUGUCCUCCAGCCAAAAUUCUCACAUACCAUUGCCUUUGUCGAGUCCAUCGUCUAGAAGGGUUAGCGAGUGGGAACCUGGUAAGGUUAGGAGACGUGUCGUACAGAGAGAACAAGCCGAGUCUUCCUCUUCGUUGCCAAGAAGUCGUAGUAAUUCUCAGAGCGGCGGUACGAAGAACAACUGUAGCGCUACCGUUCAGGAUUCCGGCUUCAGUACGGAGACCUCGUCGAAGGAUAGUGCCUCAACGGCGAUAGCGCCAAGACCUACCAGUCCACGUCCUUGCGUAUUGGACGAGGCCGAGGACGAACUAUGGAAUCUCCUAGAUGUUAUACAUCGUAAAGGUAUCAGGCUGAGAGAGGAGGUCGAAUGUCUUCAAGGUCGUCUCGAGAGCGUUACCACGGAGGAUUUAGCGUCGAGCGACGUAUUGGAAGCGGUUAGGAAGGUAACGCAUCUCGAUAGCACCGAACAUCCAAACGAUACCACCGAUCUCGAGCUUGAAAAAACGAACGGCAGGGAGUCCCAAGUUAGAGUAUUGAGAAGAGAAAAGGAACAACUGUUGGACAAGGUCGCCGAGCUCGAGGCUGAAACUAUAUCGAGUCGUGCUCGUGCACAAGAAUUGCAGACCGAGCUGGCAGCUCUGUCGGCGCUCAAGACUGGUCUCGAGGACAGACUGAAGGCCGAGUUGAACGACUCCGAUCUCCUCUUGACUCCCGGUGCACAGAGAUUGCAACCGAUCGCGCCGGUCGUUUCCACCACGCCUAAAAGUGCCACCGUCGGUAAUAUUAAGAGCAAAUCGUCGGCCUUCGCGUCGGUUUCUAAGACACACAAGAGUCGUUUUCGUACGAGGACCAUCGAGAAGAACGUACUUCUCGACGCGGUCGCCCACGUGGACAAUGAACGACGUGAAAUCGAUAUCGAGGCAAGCGUGAUCGAAAGAAGGGCCAGGUUAGGAGCUUUGGAUUCCGUCCUAGUUUCACCUACGAGGGUGACGCACGUCAAGGACGUUGAUUCUGGAAAAAUCGCGGCUAUACUUCGCGAGAGCUCGCCUCUCGAGUUGCAACGGCACCUAAUCACAACGACCGUCCAUAAUCAAGUCUUGCAAAAGAGGCUGGACGAGGUACAAAAGAGUACGGAAACUCUUUCGGAACGAUUGGACAAGGCUCGUGAGGAGAACGACGAUCUCCGAUUCCAGUUGGAAGAAAGAAACAUCGAGUUGGAGGGUACGCGUGCUCGCGUUCGCGUCCUGGAACGGCUUCAGCAACGAGCACCGACGGAAGCAGAGCCCGAAGCUGAAAGCGAACAACCGAGAUGCGAACAAAGCGGUCUAGAGCCUGGUAGUAGUACCGAGUCAGCGCGAGAUCAUCACCAAGCCGUCGAGGUGAAACCGUCGCCACGUCGACGACCUAGUCGUAUACCUUUACCCGGUUCAACGGGCAAACCGACGGCACCAAGACCGCCAAGUCAUGGUAGAAACGACAGCAGGGAGUCUCUGAAAUCCUUGACGAGGCUACCGAGAGAUUCGAGUCGUGACAGUCAUUGCGGGAAAUCGUUAUCGAAGACUCGAGACGCCAGCAGGGAGUCUUUAGGGAACAAUAAUAACAACAAUCACAACAACGGCAACAGCAGUAGCAACAACAACAACAACAAUAACAACAACAACAACGCUAACAACAACAAAAGCUUAUCGAAGAGUACAACCAGCGGUAAUAGCAGUAGCAACACAGGGAAGGAGACCAACAGCAGGGAUUCCUUGAACAGGUCCCUGCCCCGUAACAAUUCCAGCCGAGACUCCUUAAACAAAUCCUCCUCGCUGUCCCGUGCGCGUGACUCACUGGAGUCUAGCAAUCUAGGCGGGACUAGCAACCCGUCCCCGGGCACGACUCCUCCUCGACGACCGCCCGCUCCUGCGCGUCGUUCCCACAGCCUGGCUCGCGCGGCGACGUCCGUUGAUACCGACAACGGCAAGACUCAUACCGAACCACCAAGUUCCUGGUGUUCGACUAAUAGCAGCAGCUUUCGUCACAGCGACUCAUCCUUGUAUCCAGACUCACUCAAUCAAGAAACAUCCUCAGUCACCGGCUCAACUCGCGUUGAAUUUAUACUCGGCUCCUCUGCACGAUGUUUCAGGCCAACCUCAACUUGGCCUCAUCGAUAUUUUGACAGCAUCGAUUCUGCCGACAUGAUACCCGAGAGUCUGUUAACCGAUGAGUUUCCAUUACGUUGCGGCGAAGCUAUGGCGGAACGUGACUCUCUCGAAUGUCAUCCACUUUCGAGCGAAGGAUGAUCGAAAGACGAAUUUUAAUACGUCGAUACAUUUUUUUCUCCUUUCCUUUUUCUUCUUUUCUUUCUUCUUCUCUUUCUUCUUUUCUUUUCUUCAUCUUUUUAUUCUUUUAUUUCAAAUUUUCUUCUUUUUCUUCAUUAAUCGUUGAACGUUUUAACGUAGAAGGACGGAUUGUUUUAUCAAAAAUUUCUUUUGCCGAAUAUAUAUAUAUAUGUACAUAUAUAUUAUUAAUUUUGAAUAAAUAUCUCUUAAUUAAUUAGAAACUUUAUUGUGAGAAAGAAAGAGGAAAGAACGAAAGGAAUAAGGAAGAAUGACUGUAAACGUAGGAAGUUAUUUUUUUAUUACUUUUCUCUUUUAUUUUUUUUAUUUUCUUUUUCUUUUUAUUUAGACUUAUACACACUUUUACGCUUGUCUUUCAUUAAUUGAAUUUAUUAUAUAUAGUCUUAAAGAACGAAUUAAUGUCAAUUUAUCUUUUUAUGACCGUCCUUCUAACUUUAUCAAAAUGAUUCGUGCGAUCGUCAUCAUCUUCAUCAUUAUUGUCAUCAUCGUCUUAAAUCGGAUCAAAACCAUCGAUCUUGACUUGCAUUUUUUGGCAGCAUUUUCUACGAAGAAAUACAUAUACAUAUAUAUACAUACAUAUAUAUAUACAUAUAUAUAUAUAUGUAUGUACAUAUUUGAAACGUGAAAUAUUGUAUAUAUUAAUGCGAAAGCAGCUCUUCAAAUUUAUAAUAGUUAAAUAUUCUAAAUGAAAAGGGAGACUCGUCGGUGAUUAAGAUAUUCGAGAAAAAUAUAAUCAAAAAAAAAAAAAAGCGAAAAAAGAAGAAAAAAAAGAAAGAAAAAAGACAAAACUACAGAUAAAUGAGAAUUGUUAACAUUGGAUGCGGACGUUACUAAUAAGUUUUGAACAAAUCAAUACAUUUCCAAAAUCAUUUUACAAAUACCAGUGUGUGUUCAUCCUUGAUAAGAAGAGAAAAUGUAUUAAAGAUUAUUAUUAUUAUCAUUAUUCUUUAUUAUUAUCUUUCUAUUCAACUUUAUACAUUUUUCUUGUUAAUUAACAAUAUAAAGAACAAAUGCAUGCAUAUAUAUAUAUAUAUAUAAGACUCGGUAACGUCUCGCAAAAUGGGCAGACUACGAUUAAUAAUUAAUAUAAUUACCGUCAUUAUUUAUUCUUAUUAUAUUUUCUUAUUAUUAUUAUUAGUAUAACUAUUACUAUUAUUAUUAUCACCAUCAUUAUUAUUAUCGUUAUUAAUUAAUAAUGGCGAGCGUGUCACGUGUAUAUUUUGUAUUGGCGUUUUUUCCUCUUUUUUCUUUUCUUUUUUGUAAUAAACAAUUUCACGCGUAAUCGUAUUCCAGGGUCGCAUUUAUUGUUUUGUAAGCCCUAGGCGCACUAUAAUGUUACGAGGCCACGAAAAAAGAUUAUUUCUUUUUGUUUUGGAAAUUUAUUGAAUUUAGAAUUAAGAGAAAAAGUGGAAGAAAAAUCAAGAAGAAACGAUGAUAAUCUUUUUUUCUUCUAAGCUUUCGUUUUAACAAGUGUAUUAGAACGUUUUAUAGAUUAUCGUUUAUAAAGAGUAAAGUUUUAAAUAUGUUUGCUUAUAAGGAGAAUGAGAGUGAGAGAGAGAAAGAGAGAGAGAGAGAGAGAGAGAGAGAGAGUGAGGCCUCAAUUUUGCGCCUAAUACGCCUUAUGGGUAAAUGCGACCCUGAUUGUAUCAACGAAGAGACGUCAAGAACAAGUUUGUAACAAGCAAACUUUCGAUUACUUGGCUAAUUACAUUGUAAUUAAUUAUCGAUAAUUCAUUAUAUUUUUAUCUCUACAUAUGUUAUACAUAUGAUUUUUGUAUAACACUGUAUACGUAUGCAAUUCUCGUAUACACGAACACGUAUUUUUCUUUUCUUUUCUUUUUUUUUUUUUUUCAAAAUUACAUUACGAUAACGAUACGAUAAAAUUUAUUGAUCAAAAACAAAAACAGAAUGAAACAAGAUAGAGGAGGAGGAGGAGGAGGAGGAGGAGGAGGAAAAAAAAAGAAGAAAAAAACAAAAUUGACAUUUUAUUUUUCUCUCGACGAGUUUCCGUAGUCCUGAACAACAUUCCGAAUCGGACGUUUUCGUUUACCGAUAUUAUUCCAUUUAGUUAGCAUUUAAGGGAAUUUAUUUAAAUUUCUCGCGUUGUGAUGAACGUUUAUUAUUAUAAUUACUAUUACUAUUAAUUAUUAUUAUUAUUAUUAUUAUUAAUUUUAUUAUUAUUAUUAUUAUUAUUAUUAUUAUUAUUAUUAUUAUUAUUAUUAUUAUUAUUAUUAUUAUCACUAUUAUUUAGACUAUUAUUAUUACUAUUACUAUUAUUAUUAUUAUUUAUUUUUUAUUCGUGCGUGUAAUAAUAAGUAAUACCUUGACAAGUGUGAUAUAUCUAUGUACUAUGCGUAUACUAGACGUUUUAACGAUUAUGAAUUACGUUUACGAAGGAACGUCCAAUUUUCAUUUUCUUUUCUUUUCUUUUCUUAUUUUUUUUUUGUAUUUCUAUUUUCUUCUUUUCUUCUUUCUAUCUUUUCUGUUUCUUUCUUGUUCUUUUCCUUCUUUUUUCUUCGAAUUCUAAUAGCAUACUAUGUAGAUGACGAUUAGAAAACGAUGUUAAGGUACGAGUUGUUUGUGAACUUUGUUUUAAGAAGAAACAAGUGACAUUUUCAUUAUUUACAAA